AUGGGAAUCAAUCCCACCAAGAGAGAGCUCCUUCAGAUGGCCAAAGAUGUGGACAAAGAUGGAAAAGGUACUUUUAACCAUGAGAGCUUCCUGGCUUUGAUGGCAUUGGUUCAUGAAAGCGCGAGGGGCCAACAUGCUGUGCUACGAGCUGCUUUCGAGGCUGAGGGAUAUAUCGAGUGGAAUGCCCUGAAGUAUGUGUUGAUGAAUGUAGGAGAACCACUGAAUGAGUUAGAGGCAGAGCAAAUGAUGGAGGCAGAUAAAGAUGGAUAUGGAAGCUUCGAUUAUGAAGAAUUUGUGAACAUGACUGGAGGCUCCUUCAAGAUGAGCUAA